GCCCCUUAAAACAGUUUACGCGACUCAGCGACAGCAGCGCGGCGGUCACGGCCCCUUUAAGCUCGAGCUCCUCCCCUGGCUCCCAGUCCCCCUCCUUUCCUUUCCCCCUCCAGCCGGCACCUGGUGCCCCGGCGGGUCGUGCGGCGCGACGCGCGGCGAGCGCUGGCGGUCACCAUGGCAAUGCGGGAGCUGGUGGAGGCCGAAUGCGGGGGUGCCAACCCGCUCAUGAAGCUGGCGGGGCACUUCACCCAGGACAAGGCCCUGCGUCAGGAGGGGUUAAGGCCUGGCCCCUGGCCCCCAGGAACCCCAGCCUCCGAGGCGGUCUCUAAGCCUUUGGGAGUGGCCUCUGAGGAUGAGUUGGUGGCUGAGUUCCUCCAGGACCAGAAUGUACCAGUUGUAUCCCGUGCCCCUCAGACCUUCAAGAUGGAUGACCUCCUGGCAGAGAUGCAGGAGAUUGAACAGUCAAGCUUUCGCCACGCACCCCAGAGAGCCCCUGGUGUGGCAGACUUGGCCUUGUCUGAGAACUGGGCCCAAGAGUUUCUUGCAGCUGGAGAUGCUGUGGAUGUAACUCAGGAUUAUAAUGAGACUGACUGGUCCCAAGAAUUCAUCUCUGAAGUUACAGACCCCUUGUCUGUGUCCCCUGCCCGCUGGGCUGAGGAAUAUCUGGAGCAGUCAGAGGAGAAGCUGUGGCUGGGAGAGCCUGAGGGAACAGCUGCCACUGAUCGCUGGUCUGAUGAAUAUCAUCCUGAGGAGGACCUGCAGCACAUGGCCAGUGACUUUGUGGCCAAAGUGGAUGACCCCAAAUUGGCUAACUCUGAGUUCCUGAAAUUCGUGCGGCAGAUUGGCGAGGGGCAGGUGUCCCUGGAGUCCGGUGCAGGGUCGGGCCAAGCUCAGGCAGAACAGUGGGCAGCAGAGUUUAUACAGCAGCAGGGUACAUCAGAUGCCUGGGUUGACCAGUUUACGAGACCAGUAAACACAUCUGCCCUUGAUGUGGAAUUUGAACGAGCCAAAUCGGCUAUAGAGUCUGAUGUCGACUUCUGGGACAAGCUGCAGGCCGAGUUGGAGGAGAUGGCAAAACGGGAAGCCGAGGCUCACCCCUGGCUUUCUGAGUAUGACGACCUCACAACCGCUUCCUAUGAUAAGGGGUACCAGUUUGAGGAGGAGAACCCCCUGCGUGACCACCCCCAGCCUUUUGAGGAAGGGCUGCGGCGACUUCAGGAGGGGGACCUGCCAAAUGCUGUGCUCCUUUUUGAGGCAGCCGUGCAGCAUGAUCCUAAGCACAUGGAAGCUUGGCAGUAUCUGGGUACCACCCAGGCAGAAAAUGAACAGGAACUGUUAGCCAUCAGCGCACUGCGGAAGUGUCUGGAGCUAAAGCCAGAUAACCGGACAGCACUGAUGGCGCUGGCUGUCAGCUUCACCAACGAGUCCCUGCAGCGACAGGCCUGUGAAACCCUGCGAGACUGGCUGCGCUACACACCAGCCUAUGCCCAUCUGGUGGUGUCUGGGGAAGAAGGGGCUAGUGGGGCAGGACUGGGCCCCAGCAAGCGCAUCCUGGGCUCUCUGUUGUCUGACUCCCUGUUUCUUGAAGUGAAAGAGCUUUUCCUGGCAGCUGUGCGCCUGGACCCUACGUCCAUUGACCCUGAUGUACAGUGUGGGCUGGGAGUCCUUUUCAACCUGAGUGGGGAGUAUGACAAGGCAGUGGACUGUUUCACAGCUGCCCUCAGCGUUCGUCCCAAUGACUACUUGCUGUGGAAUAAGCUAGGGGCCACCCUGGCCAAUGGAAACCAGAGUGAAGAAGCAGUAGCUGCAUACCGUCGGGCCCUUGAGCUACAGCCUGGCUAUAUACGGUCCCGCUAUAACCUGGGCAUCAGCUGCAUCAACCUUGGGGCUCACCGGGAGGCUGUGGAACACUUUUUGGAGGCCCUGAACAUGCAGAGGAAAAGCCGGGGCCCUCGGGGUGAAGGGGGCGCCAUGUCAGAGAACAUCUGGAGCACUCUGCGUUUGGCAUUGUCUAUGUUAGGCCAGAGCGAUGCCUAUGGGGCAGCUGAUGCCCGGGAUCUGUCCACUCUCUUAGCUAUGUUUGGGCUACCCCAGUGACAGUGGGAUGGGCUGCCCUGUGAGUGUCUGCCUGGAGGGGUCCCUGCUUUGGACGUGACUCCCUCUCCCCAAAUGGGCCUACCAAGGGGGUGGGCUGAUGACCAUAAGUGGUACGGCCUCUCAGGAGCUGCCUCAGUGUAGAGUGGGUGGUCUGUGUUCUAGCUCCUACAUAAUUGUAGGAAAAUGAGCUGUGUUGUCUCUGAGACCCUUGGUAAUUCAAGGGCUGCACAUCCAGCUACAGAUUUCUCUGCUCGUCAUGCUCUUUCUUGGUGCUGCUUUUUGGAUAGGACCCAGAGAUAUAGGGUAACUGUUGUCAUCAGCUGCCAUUUCUGAUAGAGUCAACCACAUAUGUAAUGUCUGUUCUUUCCCCCACUUUUACUGGGAGUUGAUAAACCGUACAGCUUCCUUGGGCAGCGUGUGUAGGAGGUUCUUCUAUUAUGUGCCUCCGUGGUGACUAUAUCUAUGAUGGGAUGUGUCAGGAGUUGGCCUUUUUGAUUUAAAUGUUGAUUUGGCUCAGCAGAGCUGCUGAGUUUUGAUAAGGGUGCUUAUAGUUCUGUCAUUCUUGGACCUCUCCUGGCCUUCUCGGGUGCCCUGGGAAUGAUGCUGUAUGCAGUAAUGCUGGCAUCAUUAUUGUAGGGGAAUGUAAGAGCUGCUUGAGUCAGUGUUAGGGUGUGGGGUAGGAGGAAGGCUCAUUAUAGAGUGAGCCUAGAAGAAACCAGAUGGGAUCAGAUCAAGGGCUCUGUGCUGAGGCCUUUGGUAAGAGGACAGAGCAGUAGGAUGAGGGAUCCGAUGAGUGCAGCAGGGUCUGCUCCUCUUAGGCCUGCGAGUAGGGAUGGAGCUAGAAAGCACUUCUAGAAAGUUGGUUUAGAGAUUGCCAUCUUGCCAAAUUCCUAGCAAAGAGAGAGUUCAGUGUUACCUCAAGCCUUUGCUGUACUUCUUGAAAUGUUUCUAGGUGAGAGUGUGAAAAAUCCCUUCCAGAAGAUUGAGGUAAGAUGAGGCAGCAGCUUGGAUUCUUCUCAACUGUCCCCUGCUUGGGUUGCUACACUGACCCCCAGAAAUGACUGCUGAGCCUCUUGCCUUGUCUUCAGGAGCUAAUGAUCAGAGAGAUUUCAUUUUAAACUACCAUGGUCCUGAGGGUUCGUCCUGAAAUUUAUUUUUCUUUGUAUGAAUAUGUGUACAUGAUUUAAAAAUAAAAAUGUAAAAUAUUUGUAUGAAGAAUAAAUCAAACUGACGUGGAACUGAGUUCUGCUGCCAGGCGUGAUGUUGGGGGUGGGGGUUGGUGUUUGGAGGCCUUGUGCACAACAACUGUCCUCUUCUUUCUUUAUCUUUCAGAUUCUCAUUGGUAUAUUGAUCAUCCAUCCAUCCAGUAAUUAUUAAUCACCUAAUACAUGCUAGGUACUAUGAAUGAGAUGGACAGCGUCUCUGUGUUCAUGGAGCUUAUGGCUUAGCAGGAGAGACAGACGUUUUACAAUCAUAUGCAUUUUUUAUACUUGUAUUCUAUAAGGGAAAAUACGGGGUGCUCUGUCAUUGUUUGGUAUUGUUUUAUUGUGAAUUACAUGAGUGAAUUUUUA